AUGCCCCCGCCCCCGGCCCCGAUGGAAGAGAAGCUGGCCGUGGGCAAGCCCCGCGAGGACAUCAUGUCCCGCUGGCCGGUCAUGACCCGGCGUCUGGGCGGGAAGAACUCGCGCGGCCUGCCGUCGUGGCUCUUCGAAGACCCGAGUGUGGAGCAACAAGCGCAACUCGAGCAAAUACGCGUGUUUGGCCUCGAUGUGGUGCGAGAGCGAGCCCAGGCUCAGGCCGCCGCGUCCCAAUCUGGCUCGGGCGAUCGCUCACAGGCGUCGCACAAGUCUGCCGAGUCGCAGCAGUCGCAGCAGCAAUCCCUCACCCCGCCACUGGACGAUGCAGGCCCAAUCGAGCCGAUAGAAGUGCACAUUCCGCCUGUGGAGUCACAGCCUCCGCCGACGCCGCCCAUGUCGUCUUCGCCUGCGCCGCAGCAGACCCCGAUGCUCGCUCGGCAGCCAUCGCCUCAACAUCUUACUCCUCUUCCUCGACAUCGCACACCGCACCAUCCCGAUCCAAGCAGCGACGACGAGAUUGCAGUCCGGCCGCUCCGCCAACGCCAGCGUCCGCACGACUCGAGUUUUGGGUCCGAGACCCCGGCUCCGGACCUCCCUUCUUUACCUCCUCAUCACACCUCACUCCCCGCCCAAACUCCAACAGCAGAAGAGGGAGAAGCAGGGGACACAUCAGAGUCAGAACUAAGCGAGUAUGAACGCUCCAGGCGCCGGGCGAUGAAACGCCGAGCCGACCCGCCACUGAACCCGAGUCAAGACUCCCAGUCCCUAUCGCAGUCGCAGGACUCGCGCGAGUUCGAUCUGGCACGCUACGAGCUUCCCCUCAGCAUGCCCGUGGAUAUGCCCGUUGAUACGCCGAGUAGGCCGGGCACGAGGAGUAUGCCCCCCUUAUCUAGGAGCUCACCCAUCAGCGCGAGCGAGCGCAGCGAGCGCCCGAAUGAGAGGCUAUGGGAUAAGGCGGGGGAGAGAGUGGGGGAGAGGAGGAGGAGGGGAUAUGAGGUGGACGACUCGAUGGGCCCGCCUCCCGCCCAGCGGCCACGAACGGAGGAGCCCAGCGGGCCUAGUGGGAGAUGGAGGGAAUUGCCCUUCGCCAGCGAGUGGGGGGAGAUGGGACCCCCAAGUGCCCAGCCCCGGACGCCUCGGACACCGGUGAAGAGCGAGUUUGUAUCAUAUCCCUCCCAGGCUAUCUCCACCCCGAGUGCCGCCCCGACCGCGAAGCAGGAGCCGCGGGAGGCUUCCGAGCCCCGCGAGCCUCGCGAAUCUCAUGAACCUCAGCCCGCAGGGCCGGCACCAACUCCAGCCGAGUCGCGAGCGGCGGUGGAAGAUGGGACAGAGGCCGAGGCAGAGGGAGAGGCCGAGGGGGCCGAGGUGAAGGCAGAGACGACGGAUGAGUCGACUUCGCUCCCUCAAGGCCGGUUCAAGCACAACUCGCACGAGUCGCUCGCCCCUCGCCCGUCUCCCCGCCGAGUUCCCGUCCAGAUGAGGGCGCAUCCGUUCGUCUCUGCCUCUGUCUCUGGCUCUGGCUCUGUCUCUGGCUCCGGCUCUGCCCCCGGCACGGGGUCCGGCGAACUCGACGCAGAGGCAGAGAGCAAGCCCGAUCUGGACGCUGACGAGCCCUCUAUCGAGUCUAUCGAGGAAUCAGCGGGCAGCGAAAGAGAACUGCUGGGCGGGUGGAAACCCAAUCUCGCCGUGCGCGGGUUGAAUGCGGACUGGGUACGCAAAGUGGCCAAGGCCGCUGAGGACGUUAGGGAUCGGAGACGGGUCAAGCGCGAGAAGUGA